CAUCUUCCGAGACCAUUUCAAAUAUAAAUACCCCACCCCCUUCUCUCUCUCUCUCUCUCUCCUUAUCCUUGCUUCAUAUCAUCUUUACAACAACCAUAAAGUACUCCUACUCCUUGAUACAAACACAUAACAGCAAUCUAAACCUGUAACAAAACAUGACCAUCGAAUACAUCUCUCUCAACCCCUCUGGCGACAAGAUGCCCUUGAUCGGCUUUGGCUGCGCAAAGAUUCCUCCUGAGCAGACCGCCGAAGUCAUCUACAAUGCAAUCAAGGUCGGCUACCGCUUGUUCGACGGCGGCUCCAACUAUUACAACGAAAAACAAGUCGGCGACGGUAUUCGCAUGGCUAUCAACGACGGUUUGGUCGAACGCAAAGAGAUAUUCGUCAUUUCAAAGCUCUGGUGCACCAACCACGCCAAGGAACAUGUCCGUCAAGCAUGCCAACGCAGCUUGGAUGACUUGGGCCUGGAGUAUAUCGACUUGUAUCUCAUUCACUUUCCUGUCGCUCUUGAACACGUUCCGAUGCACGUCCGCUAUCCAGCCGGAUGGACCCAACCGGGCGAGAAACAAGUUCGACGUGCUCGUGUUCCCAUGCACGUAUGCUGGGCUGCUAUGGAAUCCCUUGUCGACGACGGACUUGUACGCAACAUUGGCAUGUCCAACUUUAACGCACAGCUCAUGAUGGACUUGCUUUCAUACUGCCGCAUCGAGCCAGCACUUUUGCAAGUCGAAUUGCACCCUUACCUCCAGCAAGACGCCUAUGUCAAGUGGAUCCAAAAGCAAGGCAUUGCCGUCACCGCCUAUUCAUCCUUUGGUCCCGCUUCUUUCGCUGCAGGCGGUCUCAAGCACGCCAAGUCGGUCGAGUCCUUGUUCGAUAACCCGGUCAUCAAGGAGAUUGCUGCCAAGUACAACCGCGACCCUGGCCAGAUUGCCCUUCGCUGGUCCCUCGAACGCAACGUGGGCGUUGUUCCCAAGAGCACAAGCGUCAGCCGUAUGAAGAGCAACUUGGAUGUACUCAACUGGAAGAUGGACGAAGAAGAUAUACAGGCCAUCAACCAGCUCGAUAUGGGUCUUCGAUUCAACGAUCCAGUCAUCAAGGGUUGGGACCUGCCCAUUUUCUUAUAAAAGCCGAUAUCCCCUCCUUUAACAAAAACACUUCCAUUCAUCAUCUCUUAUAAUCUUCCAUCUCUCUCUUGAUUAAAAAAGCAAAUGCUUCGAUAACCGUUCCGAAUUCUGCAUCCCCCCACAUAUACACCCGGAUUUUUCCCAUACAUUCUAUAUACAUAUAGUUUCUGACUACAGCAUAUUUUUCUGCACACUUGUACAUUCCAAAAAUAAAUGGCAGCAUUAUUAUAUCAAAGAAAU